CCCCCAAAAAAAAAUAACCUGCCUGGUGGAUGGUCCCUGAUCAUGCCGAGCAAAACCAAGUACAAUUUAGUGGAUGAUGGGCACGACUUGCGAAUUCCUUUGCACAACGAAGAGGCUUUCCAGCAUGGGAUCAGUUUCGAGGCAAAGUAUAUUGGGACGCUGGAUGUACCCAGACCGAACAGCAGGGUGGAAAUCGUUGCUGCCAUGAGAAGGAUAAGGUAUGAAUUCAAGGCCAAGAACAUCAAGAAGAAGAAAGUGAAUAUAAUGGUGUCAGUGGAUGGGGUCAAAGUCCUCCUCAGGAAGAAGAAAAAGAUAACCAAGAGUCUAGAAUCAAAGGACGAGGACAGGAGAGUGACCCCGACUUCAUUCUGGAUGACUCUCCUUAAAAAGGAAUGGACCUGGGAUGAGAGCCAGAUGUUGGUGAUGCAGGAUCCUAUCUACAGGAUUUUCUACGUGUCCCACGAUUCGCAAGACCUGAAAAUCUUCAGCUACAUCGCCAGGGACGGAGCCAGCAACGUUUUCAGAUGCAACGUCUUCAAAUCUAAGAAGAAGAGCCAAGCUAUGCGGAUAGUGCGGACUAUCGGCCAGGCCUUCGAAGUGUGCCACAAGCUGAGUCUGCAGCACACCCAGCAAAACGGGGAUGGGCAGGAGGACCAAGCAAGUGAGGAAAAUACUGAAGGCACAAACGUUUCAGCUCGGCAGCUGACGGGGGCAGAAAAGGAGACCUCAGAGGAGACCGAUAUAGACGCUGUUGACACACCCCUGCCUGACGGAACAGUGACCGAUUUCAGCCGAGGAGUCACCGACUUGGAUGCAGUACGGAAAGAAGAAGAACUUCACAAAGAGAGAAAGGUUGUUGCUGAUGAUAGCUCUACCAUUCUGAUGGCAACUCCCAAGAUGCUGCUUCCUUCAUCCAGCCAGCUGCCGUCAGGAACCCCGCUCUCCGUCCACCAUCAGAUCCAGCUCCUACAGCAGCAGUUACAGCAGCAACAACAGCAGACGCAGGUUGCUGUCGCCCAGGUUCACCUUCUGAAGGACCAGCUGGCUGCAGAAGCAGCAGCUCGGAUCGAGGCUCAAGCCCGAGUCCAUCAGCUGCUCCUACAGAACAAGGAUAUGCUGAAGCACAUUUCGCUGCUCGUAAAGCAAGUGCAGGAGCUGGAGCUGAAACUUUCUGGCCAUGGCUCAAUGGGUUCGCAGGACAGCUUGUUAGAAAUUACCUACCGAUCGACUAUACCUCCAGUGCUGUGUGACCCCACUACUCCAAAACCUGAAGACAUCUGCCUACCCCAGCUAGGCGACGGAACUGACCUCUCCCUACCAAUGGGCAGCCCGCUAGUCGACCAAAGCAUGUUUGAGAAUACGAACACAGCUCCCACGCCAAAGCUCCAGCACAGCAAAGCCGCCGCCUCCACUAAGGGCCCCCAGGCUGCCUCUGUGACGUGUGCCGGCGGAGGUGAAUCCACGGUGACGGGCGGGAAGUCCGUCAGUGGCAUCAACAGCCAGCACCUGAAGAGUGCCAUCAACCUGGGGAAGGCCAUGGGGGCCAAGGUUAAUGACCUCCUGCGAAGGAAAGAGCAGAGCACUGUGAUGGACGUGGGGGUGACCGAGGUCAAUAAGAAUGCGGAAGGGGUCCUGACCAUGACUGAGAGUGAUGAAAAAGGACUGGGGAGGAACAAUGGAAUUCAAGGCUUCCUGGACACAUUCCCUCGAUUGGAACCACCUCCACCAGUCGCCAAAAAGCGGAUGCCUCGGGCUCUGAAGACAACCCAGGACAUGAUGAUAUCAUCCGAUCCAGUGGUUCACAGCACCGAUGUCUCUGACAUCUCCUACACAGCCACAGCUGAUGAAACCUCAAUGCAAGAAGACACUAAGCCUGAAAAGAAGCCUGAAGAGAUUGAAACCCCCCUCCCAGGAAGCAUAUUGAAGAUGGUCCCAUCUAGUGCCAAUAGUGAGGCACAAUUGGAGAAUGAGCUCCGCAGCACUAUAGAGAAUGCAGAGGACAUCUCUGAGCCUGUCCACUCAGUACCUGAUCUUCUCAAUAAAGAACCUGUAGAUAUCAAACUUAAUCCGGCUGCUCACGAGAAAAGAAUGGCUUCCUCGCCACUUCCAGACAAGCCUUGCCUACGGAUCAGCAUUAGUGAAGAUGACAUUUUGGAGAAUGACUCUGAAGACUCGGGUGUGCCAAGGCAAAGAUCCUCAAGCGUCGACAAUGAAGAACUUCAUCCAGAUCUGCUGUCAUUCGAUUAGACUAAGGUCGGGGAUGGUGUUUUUCAUUAGUUAAAGCUGGAACUGCAGUGUCCUCUUUUGUUGGUUUCCCCACUACUUUCUCAAUCCAUUUUUAGCCUGGUUUCCAAAGGGAGGAAAAAUGUACAACUUAUUCCGGCUUAUUUUAUCUCAUCCUAGAAAGUUUCACGGAAAGUUUUGUGCACUUUGUUUUGUUCUGGAAUUCUUAAUCUUCCAUGAUCGGUUGGAAGACCAGAACAUAGAUACAAAGCACGGCUUUCCCUAACCAUGGAAAGGUGAGGUUUUAGAAACUAUAAAACACGUGUCCAACGUAUUAUACACGUUCACGGAUGAGUGUUGCUGCUUUCAGAUUCCAAAUUUCCAAGCUUCUGCUUGAGACAUUAUGAGGUGGCUGGUGUCUGGAAAUCACAGACAUUUUAUUAUUUUUAUGAUGGUUAAAGCUAAACAAACCAACAAACACAGGCACUGUUUUAUCUAAUUCACCAAAGUGACCAAUAAACCCUUGCCAUCAUGAAGACGAAUGCAAGCAAUAAAACAACAAGUGCCUCUUUAUGCCUUGUAUAAAUGCCGUGGUUUGAGCUUCGUGUAAACACAGAGUUAAAUAUUCUUUUAUACACUUCCGGCAGACUGUGUAAUGGAACGAACAUCAUGGUCUUUUGGAAGUCGAUUGUGUUGCAGAUUUAUCUGAAAAGUUUCUAAGUGCUAAAAUCACAACAAGGGAAGUUGCAUUCAGGUUAAUGCAUCAAGAAUAGAAAUUAAAUUGUAUUCUAAGUUAAUGUAGAUUUUUUUUAGGAAAGAUGAAUUUAUUUUAGAUUAAUAUUACAUUACAAAGUAAGUCAAAUUAAUCUUUAUAAAGUACACAUUUUAUUAAUAAGUCUGUCAUACUGCCUUAACAGUAGCCUCCUUACAAAAGAUUUUUGUAGAGAAUGGAUUAUUUAUGUGUAUGAUAGUUUGUUUUAACUGUCAACUCUUUGUUUCUCUGCCAAACAGCUUCUACCUGUAUUAAAAACCUUUAAUUCCCACUAACCUACAGUGCACUACUCUCCAGAGAUAGUGUCUCAGGAAGAGUUGUAUCUGAAAUAGUUCCAGGGUUUCUGCAAGGGAAGUAACUUUAUUUGACUUUCUUCCUCCAAAUUCAGUCUGAAUUUCAAGACGCCACAGAUAGAAAAAAAGAGCUAUAUCCGUCCACCCUUUCCCCUCAUAGAACUCUAUACAGAAGUUAGUUAUUAAGAGAGAUUUCAGUAGAUCAAACUAAAUCCUCUCCUGUGAUCAAAUACUAAUUAUGAAAGGAAUCUUGAGUUUUAGUAUAUUUCCACAUAGUUAUAUUCUAUAAAAAAGUAGAUUUUAUUAACACUUUCAAUCUUUACUAUUUUAUGCAAUAUUUUAUAAAUCUCAUGCCGAAAAGAAUAAAGCCCAAACCCAAGGCUUCUUUAAAUAUAUGUGUGUGCAGCCUGUUUAUGAAUCAUUUCGAUGUAUUUAUUUGGUAACGUCUGAUAUGUGCCAUUAAAAUCUUGUAAAUAUCCGUACGGAGGAAGCAGCUAGGAAUGAUUUAAACAACCUACAUUCUGUAUAAUUCACUGCCUUGUUUUGUGUAAUUAGACCAAGUGUACAGGGUACAUCUGAAAAUGGUUAUCAUUAAUUUGUUACUUUUUUAUUUUUUAGUGGUAAAUUUAUUGCUGCAAUGACACAUUCUGUACUGCAUGAACAAUUCAAUCAGUCCUUGCUUGCAACUGUUGCCGGGUUUAUGGAAAGAAAUCACAGAAUCAGUGCUUUGUUGUGGGAGGAUUGUGACAUUAUUCAGUUUUUAGAGUUCAGUAUCACAAUUGUUUUGGGAUGAAUUGGUACGAUUCCACCAAUUGUCAGACACAAUGCCAGUAGUUUGAGGAAUUCUGCAUUGCUUUACUCCAUAUCAUGCCAUUCAUUCUUCUCUCGUACGUUUAGUCAAUGACUUGUAACCCAAAACAAUGACUUGUAACGCUUUUGUUUAAUUACACUUUGAGUCAUAUUGAUUUUACAAAUAAACAAGUUGAAUUUAAAAAAAA